AUGGAGGGACGUUCGUUCUCUCGUGCCGCUAAACGCGAAUGCUGGGCGGCAGCACCCAUAGUUUCUGGCCGUUCUCCAGAUCGAUGGAGAUUCGAUGCUUGCGGAAACAUCGUUUGUGCAAAGCUCUCUGGUUGUGAGGGCUGUCUUUGUUUCGAAUACGACCACAUUAUUCCGUUUUCAAAGGGCGGGCCAUCUGUUUCUAGCAAUUGCCAAAUCCUUCAGACGCGUGUAAAUAGGCUAAAAGGCUCCCAAGAAGAUCUUGACUCGCAACGGCUUUCCAAUUACUCUUGCGCAAAGUCAUGGAAGUUGCCUGAGGAGCUUGAUAUUAUCGAGCUUGCCGUUUGGGGUGAUAUUUCGCGGGAGGGACGUCGAUGUAGAACGCCCUCUCUUUUGGAGCAGUUUCAAACGGCCUCUGAUGCCUUUCUCCAUCGACAGCGGGGCCUUCCUCCUUGCGAAUAA